AUGUCCUAUGGUUCUUGGAAUGGGCCGGAGGGAAGAGGUGCAAGUGCGCCUCCGCUCUUUCGGAACUUCAGCUUCAGGGACAUCUCAUCAUAUGGAGCCUUUGUCGUCGCCAACAUCACCGGAUUGGUGGAUUCUCCCAUUCGGGAUGUCUCCUUCGAGCGUCUCCGCGCGCGCAAUCACGUGAGGGGCCUCACCUGCUUGCACACAUAUAAUGUGCGGGCAGAAGGAAUCCAGAAAGAGGGUACUUGCCGUCCUCAUCUCCCAGAGCAUGAGCGGCAGAAGCUGGAUGAGUACGACAAGUUCCCGCAAGAUUUCUGGAUUUCAUCCACACCAGGCUGGAAGCAAGCACGUGAAGAGUUGAUUGCUGCUGUGUUUGGCACAAGGACUCUGCCCAUGAGAACUCAGCCAGAUCGGCUCCGAGCACUGACCGAAGACUUGCUUGAGAUGACCUGGGAUCUUUCGGGAUCGUUCCAGAUCAACAGCACUGUCUUCUACGCACCACUGAAAGGCUCCACCCGUGCGGUUCUGUGGCAUCAAGGGCAUCAUGAUUGCGUGUGCCCAGCAACCGGCCAAUUCACAGGUUUGAGCAAAAUCCCUGGGUUCCAGCAAGCUCCUUGCCAACCUGGCUGCGUAGGCAUCAAGCAUGUGAAGGAUGUGAAGCUGCGAAAGUCUGUGAAGUGGUGGGACCUGGACAACGUCACGGAUUUCUUCCACACAUUGGGGUAUAGUGUCUUCAUACUUUCGAUGCCCUUGGUGGGUGUGAACUUCAUGUCUCAGCGGAGCAGCAACUGGACAGAUCAUUGGUGGUUUCAGAAGCAUGAAGCUAAAGGAGACUUCACCAUGCGAUACUUCUGUGAGCCAGUGGUUCUCAGCAUCAACUAUGCUUUGAGCCUAGGGUUCCAGGAGGUCCAUUUGGCGGGCUUGUCGGGCGGUGCAUGGACCACUUCCAUGGUCGCAGCCAUGGAUCCACGCAUUCGCAUCUCCGUCCAGGUAGCAGGUGCUAUGCCCUACAGCAUGCGGUUUUCCACCUCUUUGCAAGCCACUGGCGACAUUGGUGACUACGAGCAGAUCUGCAAUUUGCCACCUUAUCCAUUCCGCAAGGGUGCCAGGCACGUUGGAUACGGCUGGCGGAAAGAUCCUGGACGUCAGUAUUGCAAAGUUUGCAACUACAAGUGCCAGUUCAUGCUGGCAGCAUUGGAGUCAAAUCGAAGUUUGCUGCAGAUCUUCCAUGAGGAUGACACGUGCUGCUAUGCUGCCGCACAGCGGCACGAUGAGAUCCGCAGCUAUGAAGCAGCGAUCCGUGAUCAGCUUCGACAACAUGGCCCACACGGCUGGUUCACCGCCGCUGUGACGGAUCACAGGAAGCACGAGCUGAGCGCGAAGGACAAGAAGCUGAUUGAAGCUGUUCUUGGAAAGCCACCAGAAGCGGAUAGCCCUGAAUGGAAUGAACAUCCGGUCUUGAAGCUGGGGCUGGUCAAAGCUCCUAGCAGUCGGGGCCGUUGGGACGAGGUCUUUACGCAAAUGAAACCGUGGCAAGUAAGUCAAGCCAUGCUGGAGGAGUGCAAGCGUGAGCAUGUCGAACUUGCCAUUGAGGACGAAGAACAAGAAUGA